AUGCCAUCAAAAUCAUUAAAUGAUACAUCUCGUUCAACGCAACCAACAUCUGUUAAACCUCAAAAUACAUUGAAUUCGACUGCUCAUCGACUUCAUUCACCAUUACCGGAGCAUAUAAAUGGAAAACGACCUCCAUCAGGGGCACUCAGUGUUACUGGACUUAACGCUACGAUGCCAAAUCAUCAACCAUCUGCAAUUGACUCACUACCAGCUGUCGAACUUAUCCGAUUUGAUUAG